UGGGAUAACAUGCGUAUGGCCGAUCAGCCUAAACCCCGGAACGCGGCUUCGCCCAAGACCCGGAGGGAUUGUCUGGUCCGCCUCCCGAGCGAACUUCAACUAUAUAACCCCCCCACGAUCGCAGCUGUCACGCCAUAGCUUCAAUCCAGUACGAAUCUCAAGCUUCUGAAUCCCCAUUACUUUGAUUAUUUUCCAUCAACUUUCAUUCGCCAGCUGUCAACAUGGUCGCGAUCGACAUUCCCGCAAACUACGGAUAUUCCAUCGCCGUUGCUCUCGGCGCUAUCCCUGUCCUCGGUUUCCUGCACGGCGUGGUUGUCGGUAGUUUCCGCAAGGCUGCUGGAGUCCCGUAUCCUCACACAUACGCUACCGUUGAGCAAUGCAAAUCCAACCCCAAGGCCUACAAGUUUAACUGCGCCCAGCGCGCCCACGCCAACUUCCUCGAGAAUGCGCCGCAAACCAUGCUCUCGAUCCUGGUGGCAGGUGUGAAAUACCCCGAGUUGGCUGCUGGGCUGGGCGCCGCAUGGGCCGUUUUCCGUGUUCUGUUCCUGCACGGGUACGUUUACACAGAUAAAGCGCAGGGAGCUGGAAGAUACAAUGGCGGCUUGUUCUGGUUUAUGCAGGCGGGUCUCUGGGGAUUGAGCGUUUUCGGCGUUGCGAGGGAUUUGAUGUAAUUAUGCGUAGGCAUGGUUGGUCUACCCACAUAGGAGAGUUGGAAGGAGGAUGCGAAAUGUGGUGUUUGUAUCAUAGUCGAACUCUUGGCCUGGGGUGCAGGCGCUGGCUCCUAUCUUAUCGGGC